GGGAAGAGGUCUUAUUGAGCUUUGUCUCUAACAACAUCCCGUCUCUUUGGGCUAUAUUUCGCUAACACAAGGCGCGAGGGGAUUGCGUUUAUUGCAUUAGUAUAAAAAACUAUUGGUUUGUAUAAACCCGGAGCGUAAACCCGAGGUGAUACCUCUUGAAAAUGCUUCCGUCUCUAGCCAGCAAUUCGUGCGUGCGGUUGAUACAGAGCCACAAAUCGACGUGGUAUUUUAUAUCUCUAGUCUUAGGGUAUGUCCUUUAUCUCGUAUUCGGCGCUGUUGUCUUCUCCUCGGUCGAGCUACCUUAUGAAGACCUCCUGCGCCAGGAGCUGAGGGCCAUUAAAAAACAGUUCCUGCAGGAGAAUGAGUGUCUAUCAGAGGAGCGUCUGGAGCGGUUUCUGAAGAAAGCCCUCGAUGCCAGUAAUUAUGGGGUCUCCAUCCUCAAUAACGCCUCAGCUAACUGGAACUGGGACUUCACUUCUGCCCUGUUUUUUGCGAGCACCGUGCUGUCCACCACAGGAUAUGGUCACACAGCACCACUGUCAGAUGGCGGGAAGGCCUUCUGCAUCAUAUACUCGGUGAUUGGCAUCCCCUUCACCCUCCUCUUCCUUACUGCUGUGGUGCAAAGGAUCAUGGUCUUCAGCACGCGGAGGCCGAUCAUGUACAUCCACAGGCGCUGGGGUCUGUCCAAGCCCCUGGUGGCCAUCGUUCAUGCCUCUCUGCUCGCCACGUUGGCCAUCUCUUGCUUCUUUCUCAUCCCCGCCGCCAUCUUCUCAGCUCUGGAGGAGAACUGGAACUUCCUGGAGUCUUUCUACUUCUGCUUUAUUUCCCUCAGCACCAUCGGCCUGGGUGACUACGUACCCGGAGAGGCCUCUAAUCAGAGGUUCAGGGAGCUCUACAAAGUGGGCAUCACUGUCUACCUGAUCCUGGGUCUCAUAGUCAUGCUGGUAGUGCUGGAGACCUUCUGUGAGCUGCAGCAACUGAAGCAGCUGAGGAAGAUGUUCUACCUGAAGAAGGACAAGCCGCAGGACCGCCUCGCCAUUCUGGAUCAUGACCACCUGUCCUUCACUACGGUGUCGAACAGAGCCACGGUUUACUCUGAGGGCAAAAUCCAGUCAUUUGUUAGUGUCCCAACUCGACUGUCCUCUACCAAUGAUGACCCCAUGAUCCAGUAAACAUCGACAGAUCAAACAUCCAUUGAAGGAUGACAAUAUGAAAGCAGGGGGUAAUGCACACCGGAAUAUAAGUAGUUAGAAUGAGUAGAUCAUGACUCUCAGCUGUAGUCAUUCUGCAAACUUUAGGAGUAUAAUUAUUUGAGACUGUACAGCUCAAGCAAACACUCUCCUUUAUCAAACCCAAAAAUACUGACAAUAUAGUACUAUGCAGGAGAGAUUAAAUUUAUGGACAUCAAUAAGGUAGACUAUUAAAAGUUUCACAGAGGCUAUAAAGACAUAGUCAGUGAUAAAAGAAAAGCCUUCUGCUGUAUUUAUGACUCACAGAAGAAAUCUCCUUUAUGAGCUGCGCUAUUUAUUGCAUACUUAGGAACAGCUUAGAAAGUAAUUGGUCUAUUAAAUCUUGCUAAAAUAUAGGACAAAUCUCUGUAGUCGUCACAAAAUCAAACAUAAACAUGUAUGUAUCUUAUAAAUAGAGAUGCUUAAUAGGUAUGUGGAACUGACAUAUGUAGGUUAUUGUUUUAAUAUGUACAGUACAGUGCCAUCUAGAAUAAACACUCCUAUUAAAGAUGAGCCAAAGUGUAGCCAGAACAUACUGGGACACUAUCAUUUUAUUUCAUAUAAUUAUGCCUCUGCGCAAGCAACAGCCGUGACCAGAAGCUUUAUAAUUUUGGGUUGUCGGUCUAUUUGUUAUAUCGGUCGGUUCUUCUGCCUUUCCUUCCUUCCGCCCAUCCCAUUCUUGUGAACUUGAUAUCUAAGGAACGACUUGAGGGAAUUUCUUCAAGGAUGAACUGAUUGGAACUUGUUGGUCAAAGGUCGCUGUAAGCUUACAAAGCAUGUUUUUGGCCAUGACUCAGAAUAUACUUAUGUUAACUAUCACAAUUUCAAAAAAAUGUGAGGACAUUUUGGACUGACAUGGAUGUAAACUGCGACUUAACUGGUUGGCAGAGGCAUACAACAGCCAGGCAGUUAUUCUAGUUUUGCAUUGAAAUUUGAGAGGAAAGUUUGGUUAAUGUACAGUACCAUUACAUGUUUUCUGGCAGUGUUUGUUGCAACUGAUCAGAAUUUGUUGAUGGGUAAGUUCUGACAUGCUUCACUGGAAUAUUUUCAGUUGGUCCGUCGCCUAUACAUUUUUUAUGAAACGUUUUUGAAAUAUUCCGAGACCUGUUUUUUUCCAUUGCAUAAUGUGUUUAACAUGGUUGACAGCAAGAUAGCUUGUAGUCGAUCCUAAACAAGCAUCUGAAAGAGGAGACAGAAUGUUUUAUGAACUAUUAGUGGUCUGAGCUCAGAAGAAGAUCUCCAGUAAGUGUCAUUUCUGAAUAUAAAGUUUGCAAGUUUUAAACUGCCAAGAAGAAACACAGUUCAACAGUAAAUGUUUUGUAGCACAUGGCUCAUCAUUAUGGGGGUGUUAAUAUUCUUUUUGGACUUCAUGGUUUCACACAUUUCAUUGUGAGUGAUAGUAUUUUUCUGCAAGUAUGUGUAUUUUCUCAAAAUGUUGCAGUCCUAUUUCAAAGUUGUCCAUGUGAGAUGAUAAGCACUAUAAUUUAUUGAUUUGUCUGAAUGGCUAAAUGUGUGCUUGACUGUUUGAAAAGGGAAAUAGAGGUUAGCCUAGCUUAAAAAGGGAAGCACAUAUUGCUGGCUGGCCCGUUGCAUUUUACCGUCAAUAAAGAGAGCUCAGUUUGCACAUGUACUAGAGCCAGAAGUAGUACAGAGUAAAAUAAAUGUUUGGGAUUUCUCAGAGAGAAAAGGGAUAUGGUUCCAAAUAUUUUAUCUGUAAAGAUAACAGGAGAUAAAAAAAACAAAAACAAAUGACAGAAAUGAUCAAAAACGAAUGGUACUUUUGAUGUAGGUGAUCUCUAAAGGCUCGAUAAUUGCUCAAAACUAGAAAAGAAGCUGUCAGACAGAAACUAUUUUACUGUAUUUCUGCAAUUUGAAUGUAGAAAUGUAUAUUUUUUUAGUAGUAAUUGAUGAAAGUAAUUGAGUGCAGCUCAAAACAUCCCAGUUCUGUGGCAUCUAACACUUCAGUUUUUAAUCAGCUGAUUAACCAAGGAUGAAACUGUCCAUGAUUGGAAAUUAAACCAGUGGAUAUACACUAUUACCAUUUUGUAUGAAAUUGACAUUGCACUCCUCUGUGUAUUUAAAAAACAACAUUUGUAUCUGCAGGAAGAAUUAUGUGACAGAAGUACUUAAUUUCAUGCCAUUAUCCGUCCUGUAAUAGACACCCACACGUACAGUGUAGCUGCGUACUGCUGUAAUUCAGACUUAUUUGUCAUACAUUCUUUUUAGUACAUUUAAUAGAAUGACGUUCAUUUGUUAUGGAUUUUAGGUAUGUCUCAGUCUCUGUGUGGAGCUGAAGUUUUGACCUCAUCUUUCUCUGCUACAUCGCCACAUCAUGACACAGUCACAGCCUUUUAUGAAGUCUUGAAUGUAAUGCUUUUUAUGCCGUUUGUUACAGUGCGCUUCAAGGCCUGACCAGAGUUCAGCAUUACUCCUUGCUGCUCUGCUGGGUCUGUCAGUUUAGUGACAAGUUUAUUUGAAAAGCUUAGCUGUGGCACGGUGUCAUGACUGCUUGCAAAAUUAGCAUUGAGUGUGUCAUAAUCUGUGUUACUCACUGAUCUUUAUUUGGUACUUUAUAGAUCAGUGGGAUUUUAGCUCUUUUUUUUCCACCAGUCUUGGCCUUCGUGUAAACUGUGAUGCAUUGAAACUGUUCAUAUUUUCUGACGAGAACAAAAAACACAACUUGAAUUUUGCUAAGGUGGAGUUUCUCUUUUACUGUAAGAUGUUUCACUGUUUGCAGAUAAAUUAAAUAGAUUGAUGUCAAGGCUUUUACCAUUCAGCGUUACGGUUUUUGGCAGUGUUUGUCAUGCACAUAUAGUUUGUCUUGAGGGUGAGGGCUGUCAGGUAAAGUAGUUCUGUUCAGGUUGUAAACAUUGUGUCAUGGAUUCUAAAUGGGAGCACACUGACAUUAUUUAUUAAUGCUAUCAAAAGUAAUACGUUUGGAAUAUUUGGGAUCUCAGAUUUCUGUACAUAUCUCUUCAGUUGUUGUAGAUUCAUGUGCACCAGUGAGUAUUUAAAACAAUGCCAUGAAGCACCAACAUUUUCUGUAAAAUUAAUUUUAGCAUAAGAAGUGAAUCCAUCCAACUGUAAAAUAUCAGUGUCUUAAAUAAAGUGUUUGUUUAAUCUGA